AUGGGAGUUUAUACAGGAAACUUUUCGUACGCGCGCGCCAGCGGCAUCCCCACGCUCGCCUUCCCCGUCAACGCCAAGCUGCCGCCCAGCGAACAAAUCGGCCUCUCGCCUGACGAGCUGCUCGCCGCCAUGCGGUCACCCCUCCCCCAGCUGCCUGAUAAAUCUGCUGCCACCACCCAGCUGCUCACCGCCACACCCAUUCCCCUCCCCAACCCACUAUCCCCCACUCACUUCACGGCCCAGGCAGCAGCACUACGUGGUGCUGGGGGUCACCUGAAGCUGCUGCCCGCCUCGCUGGCAGCACGCAGUGGACUGCAUAGUGCUAGCGGGGUAUCUAAAGCUGCCGCCCGCCUCUCCGCCCUUCUCCCCCAGCUCACCCCGUUCUCUUGCCUCCCUGGCCCGCACCCUUUCCACUCCUCCCACUCCCAGGCAGCACAGAGUGGAGUACAUGGUGGUCCUAGCGGGGUAUCUGAAGCUGCUCCCCGCUGCCCUGGUGGGAGCGUUUCUCACUCUACCUCUACCCACCCCUUCCACCUCCAUCUGUUUGUGCAGGCAGCACAGAGUGGAGUACAUAGUGCUAGCGGGGUACCUGAAGCUGCUGCCGGCCUCGCUGGCGAUUGUCCUUUCACACCCUUACCCACUCUCGCUCCCACCACCAACUCUCUCCCCUCUCCCUCACGGCCCAGGCAGCACGGAAUGAAUUACAUAGUGCUAGCAGGGUAUCUGAAGCUGCCGCCCGCCUCUCCGCCCUUCUCCCCCAGCUCACCCCGUUCUCUUGCCUCCCUGGCCCCCACCUUUUACACUCCUCCCACGCCCAGGCAGCACGGAGUGGAGUACAUAGUGCUAGCGGGGUAUCUGAAGCUGCUGCCCGCCUCACUGGUAGGGUCGUUCCUUACUCAACCGUUCUGCACUUCUUCCACCCCCAUCUGUUUGCGCAGGCAGCACGGGGUGGACUACGUGGUGCUAGCAGGGUAUCUAAAGCUGCUGCCCGCCUCGCUGGUGGAGGCAUUCCCGCGAGCCAUCCUCAACAUCCACCCCGCGCUGCUGCCUGCGUUCGGAGGCAAGGGCUACUAUGGCAUGCGCGUGCACAAAGCAGUCAUCGCCUCUGGCGCCAGGGUAUCAGGCCCCACGGUGCACUUUGUGGAUGAGCCUGUGUUGCCCUCACUCUUCCCUCCUACUCCAACCAACCCACUCUCCUUCAUUUUUCCUCCCUCGCGCCACCCCCCUGCCAGGGUAUCAGGCCCAACGGUGCACUUUGUGGACGAGCGGUACGACCACGGCCCCAUAGCAGCGCAGGCGGUGGUGCCCGUGCUGCCCUCCGAUGACCCCCCCGCCCUGCAGGCGCGCGUGCUCGCCCAGGUGGGUGUCUGUGUGCGUGGGUGGGUGGUUGGAUCGCUCAACAUCUUCCCCUCGCGGCAUUCUUUCCGGCUGCCCUGCCGUUCCUCCAACAUGUCCUUGCCGCCACACUUCCUCCCCCCUUCUUGUGUCGCCAACCCCUCUGAGCACCAACUGUAUGCGCGGGUGGUGGCAGCGCUGUGUGACGGCCGGGUGGAGUGGCGGGAGGAUGGGGUGCCGCUCAUCCGCACAUCCAAGGAUGGCAACGACUUCGACGUGUGUGUGGCAGCGCUGUGCGAUGGUCGUGUGGAGUGGCGGGCUGAUGGUGUGCCGCUCAUUUGCACCACCAGGGAUGGCAGUGAGUUUGAUGAGAGUGCGGUCCAGGAGAAGCUCCGAGAGGUGGGGCUGGAGUCCAGCAAUCUAAUCGUAGCCGUUGAUUUCACCAAGAGCAACGAAUGGACAGGCAAGCACACGUUUGGCGGGCGGUGUCUGCACGCCAUAGGGCCGCACAUGAACCCGUACGAGCAGGCCAUUCAGAUCAUCGGGGAGACGCUAGAGCCCUUCGACGAGGACAACCUCAUCCCCGCCUUCGGCUUCGGCGACGCCACAACGCAUGAUAAGGCAGUGUUCUCAUUCAACCGUGACAACCGGCCGUGCAACGGCAUUGCAGAGGCGCUAGCACGCUACCGGGCCAUUGCACCCCACGUCAAGCUCUCAGGUCCCACAUCCUUUGCCCCGGCAAUAGAGGCAGCGGUGCGCAUAGUGGAGGAGAGCGGGGGCAACUACCACGUGCUGCUCAUCAUUGCUGACGGCCAGGUGACGCGCAGUGCGGACGUGCCGCCCGGGCAGCUGAGCAAGCAGGAGCGCGCCACUGUGGACGCCAUCGUUGCUGCCAGCAACUAUGCGCUCUCCAUAGUGCUCGUGGGCGUGGGAGACGGCCCCUGGGACGUGAUGCACGGCUUUGACGACCUGCUGCCGGCUAGGGCCUUCGACAACUUCCAGUUCGUGGACUGUUCGCAGAUCCUGGCAGCGCCGGGGCCGCAUGAGCAGAAGGCGGUGCGCUUUGCGCUGAGUGCGCUCAUGGAGGUACCGCUGCAGUUCAAGGCGUGCAGCGAGAUGGGUGCUCUGGGCAAGCGCAUCGGGCGCAUGCCACCCACCCCGCCUCUGCCUCCCCCUCCACGAGUGCUCGAGAUGGACGCUGCUGCUGCUUCGGGCAUGGGAUACCAGCAACAGCAACAGCCACCGCCGUAUGGCCAGCAGCAACCGCCCCCCUACUACCAGCAGCAGCAGCAGCCGUACCCCGGUGCCCCUCCUUCCAGCUAUCCCACCGUGCCCUCCGCCCCGCCUGCACCAGACCAGUUCCCUUCGCAAGAGGGGGGGUAUCCGUCUCCUCAAGGCGGGUAUGGGCAGCAGGGUGGUUACCCCCCUCAGCAGGGAGGGUAUUCUUCUCAACAGGGUGGUUACCCCCCACAGCCGAAUCAACAGGGUGGUUACCCUCCACAACAGGGCGGUUAUUCUUCUCAACCUGGAGCUCCCCCACACUCGGACUACAAGCUGCCUGCUAUAGCACGCGACCCACAGCUGCCUGCUAUAGCACGCGACCCACAGCUGCCUGCUAUAGCACGCGACCCACAGCUGCCUGCUAUAGCACGCGACCCACAGCUGCCUGCUAUAGCACGCGACCCACAGCUGCCUGCUAUAGCACGCGACCCACAGCUGCCUGCUAUAGCACGCGACCCACAGCUGCCUGCUAUAGCACGCGACCCACAGCUGCCUGCUAUAGCACGCGACCCACAGCUGCCUGCUAUAGCACGCGACCCACAGCUGCCUGCUAUAGCAUGCGACCCACAGCUACCUGCUAUAGCACGCGACCCACAGCUGCCUGCUAUAGCACUCGACCCACAGCUGCCUGCUAUAGCACGCGACCCACAGCUGCCUGCUAUAGCACGCGACCCACAGCUGCCUGCUAUAGCACGCGACCCACAGCUGCCUGCUAUAGCACGCGACCCACAGCUGCCUGCUAUAGCACGCGACCCACAGCUGCCUGCUAUAGCACGCGACCCACAGCUGCCUGCUAUAGCACGCGACCCACAGCUGCCUGCUAUAGCACGCGACCCACAGCUGCCUGCUAUAGCACGCGACCCACAGCUGCCUGCUAUAGCACGCGACCCACAGCUGCCUGCUAUAGCACGCGACCCACAGCUGCCUGCUAUAGCACGCGACCCACAGCUGCCUGCUAUAGCACGCGACCCACAGCUGCCUGCUAUAGCACGCGACCCACAGCUGCCUGCUAUAGCACGCGACCCACAGCUGCCUGCUAUAGCACGCGACCCAAAGCCCCAAAAGCCCCAAGAGCCUCACAGCCUCACAGCCUCAAACCAUCAGCCCUCCUGGCAGUGCGUGUGGUGCAUGGCCGCCAGCAGCUUCACCAGUGGCUCCUCCACGUCUCCAACUGCCCCCUUCCCCCCUACCUCCCCCUCACCGCGCUCCCUUCCCUGCCCCCUUCCCCCCGACCUCCCCCUCACCGCGCUCCCUUCCCUGCCCCCUUCCCUCCAACCUUAG